GAAGGGUCACUGCUCACUUCCCACCACAACCUCAGACACGACGCAUACGGCGCAGUGGAUGUCCGACUGCCCCCCACCUUUCUGCUGCCCGGGCUGACUGCAGACCCCCAGGUGGAAUGGUCGCCGCAGACCCCCGGCCUCCUCGGCUGAGAUUUGAGAGGGGACAAGCAGCGGAGAUCCAGUAAGGGUGUCCGGACCUUUCAUUACAUUCCUGGGAUGUUACAUGACCGGUCCUCAGAGAUGGUACAGAAAGACGCGAGUAAAGGUUGCCACUGGACCCCACUGAGGAUUCUGGGAAUGAUUGUCUGUAUUUUCAUCUCAUUGGCUGGAAUUGGAGUCACAAUUUGGGCAGUGGUGACGUAUGUUCUGAAGAACGGGACAUCAAGCAUCUACAUAGUUCAGGUGAAUUCUCCAGAUCACAGGCUCACCGUGUAUGACGACAAAGACCAGACCUGGCGACUGGUUUGCUCGUCCGCCGCCAAUGCUGCUGUGGCCACGCUAAGCUGUGAAGAGAUGGGAUUCAUUAGGUCUAUGAGUUAUCAGGAGCUUCGAGUGGAGACAGCAGGAGCCAAUGGCACGUCAGGAUAUUUUUGCGUCCGGGAAUCGCAGAUGACAAGCGCCAAAAGACUUCUAGAGGUUCUUACAGUCUGCGAGUGUCCGAGUGGGAGAUUUCUCUCUGUCCAGUGUCAGGACUGCGGUCGCAGGAAGAUGGCAGUGGACCGAAUUGUGGGAGGACAGAAUGCCGCUCUGGGCCGCUGGCCAUGGCAGGUCAGCCUACGUUACGAUGGAGCCCAUUUGUGCGGCGGCUCCCUGAUCUCCAGCGAGUGGGUCCUCACAGCUGCCCAUUGUUUCCCCGAGAGAAACCGCGUAGUGAGUCUGUGGCGGGUGUUCGCUGGGGGCGUGUCACAGAGCUCCACCGGGGGGCAUCUAAUGGGCGUGAAGGGCGUUAUAUACCACUCUGGCUACUUACCUUUCAUCUACCCGGACAGUGAAGAGAACAGCAAUGACAUAGCGCUGGUGCACCUGCUGACCCCCUUCACCCUCACAGAAUACGUGCAGCCGGUUUGCCUUCCGGCAUUGGGCCAGCAGAUCACGGAUGGGAAGGUUUGUACGGUCACCGGAUGGGGUAACACACAGUACUACGGUCAGCAGUCUGACACCCUGCAAGAGGCCUCGGUGCCCAUUAUCAGCAUCUCGGUGUGCAACCAGCCGGAAUACUACGACAACCAGAUCACGGGGAAGAUGUUCUGCGCGGGAUACCAAGAAGGCGGGAUUGACGCUUGUCAGGGUGACAGCGGAGGUCCCUUCGUGUGUGAGGACACCAUCUCCCGCACAUCAAGAUGGCGGCUGAGCGGCGUCGUCAGCUGGGGAAUAGGCUGCGCUCUGCCGAACAAGCCCGGGGUGUACGCCAAGGUGGAUCAGUACCAGAGCUGGAUCUACAGAGCCAUGAAGACCAAAGGCGACGCCACGGGAAUCACGGAGAUGCCAUGAAAAUUCCCCCCCGCUAUCCAUGGAACAUCCGGAUCCGGAAUUCUGCCGGAGCAGUGA